UUGAGUGAUAAUGAAAUAUUUUCCUCUUUCGAAACAGUUUAUCUUAUCAACAGCGUAAUUUCCUUCCUGGUCUUUCUACUUCCUUUUUGGUCGACGUGGGAAGUCUAAGGCUGUAGUUUGGUAUUCCUUUGUGCACAGCACACCUAGCUUCUACUAGAACAAUGACUUCAAAAGAACGCCUUCCUCUGCUGUUUCAAUCCAACCCCGGUAAAGAAAAAAGGAUCGCAUGGAAGAACCUAUCGAUAUCAAACCUCUUGAUUUUUAUGUUCACAAUAGCGGAUUCUAUGCACAACCUUUGUGUACAACAAUAUGUAUAUACCAGGAUCACCACGGACUUAGUCGGUGAAAAUGAAACUCGUCGUCAUGAGCACCCGUGUCGCGAGAACAAAAGCCUGGAGCAUCCCCUGCUUCAAGAAGCUCAAUCUCAGGCCGCACUGAAGAUGCUACAGUUCACGCUGGCGUCGUCACUGCCCGCCGUCGUCGUCAACCUCUUGAUCGGCACCUACAGCGACUACCUGGGCCGGCGCAUGCUUUUCAUCGCUCCUAUUAUCGGCCUGCUGUGCCGAUGCGCCGGUGAGACGCUGGUGGUGAAGCUCACGCUCAGCCUCGACUGGAUGUUCCCUGGCAUCGUGGUGUACGCCCUGUGCGGCAACUACUUCUCGCUGUUGAUGGCUGUCAACGCCUACAACGCCGACAACACGCCAGCCAGCAAGAACCGCACCUCGAGCUUGGUGCUGACUAGCAUGGUCGCCAGCAUGGGCAUCCUGGUGGGCGAACUGAGCAGCGGCUACUUCAUCGAAGCUGCUGGCUAUUUCUAUCCUUUCUUAACGGUCACUUUGAUCUUCUUAGGGUCCCUCGUGUUUGUGGUGCUGUUACUGAAGGAGUCGUGUCCCAGGACAUGCAGCAGCUUCCGGGACCUGCCUUCAUUGAAGGAUGGUAUUCGUCACGUGUUCGGCUUCUAUUUCCUCAGAUCCCUGCCUGUCGAGCCGAGCAACGGGGUUUCUCCGACAGAGGCAUCCAGAGACAGACGAUUGGAGUUUUGUCUGGGAAUGUGUGCUUUCAUUUUGUACAUCACCCCCUACGACUCGGCUUCCAUCAUCACCACCCUGUACGUGAUGAACACGCCAUUUUGCUGGGAGCCCAGCAGGAUCGGCACCUUUGGAGCUGUCAAGGAUGUGGGCACUAAGAUAAUCUGCUUGAUGGUCUUCAUCUGCAUGAGCCGGGUGGUGCGAGAAGACGUGCUGGGGCUGGCGGGAAUGUUGUCCAUGAUGGCGGGUCUUAUCGUAAUGGCAUUCGCUAAUGAAGAAUGGAUGCUGUAUGUUGCACCCACGAUGGCCAUGUUCUCUUCUCUUGGAAUGAGUGUAAUCAAAUCCCUUAUGUCUCAAAGAGCUCCAGCGGAUAGACAAGGUGCGCUGUUUGCAAGCCAGGCCAUCACCGAGCCUCUGUGCCUGGCUGUCGGGGGAGCUAUCUUCAACGCCGUCUACUCCGCCACAGUUCGACACUACAAAGGCCUUACCUUUGUUGCCAUGGCUGUAACCGUUGCCUUUGCAAUUAUCUUCAUGGGGAUGUACAUGUUGGUGAUGGAGAGGAACAAACGACUCCCCCAACUCGAUCUGGUAGAUGCCUACGUCCACUGCACACCCAUCAACGACUAACUUAACCACCUACCUAGCUAGACACAUUACCAUUUUCAGAUAAAAAUCUUUUCAAGAUUCCCUUUAUCAUGUUCUAUGAGUACAAGUGAAUAUAUUUGAACUACACUUGUAAGGGCGAUGCAAUGUUUGUGUUGUGAGAGAGAGAAAGAAAGAAAAGAAAAUGUAUAUAUUGUUGGGUACUUAUCUCUAUGUGAGAUUAGGCAGCGUUUACAUCAUACUCAUAGUUUCUAAAAGUGUUUUAUCACUCUACGUUGUUCCUUUAUACCAGGGGUGAGGAACCCUUUUUCUGUCAAGGGCCAUUUUGAUAUUUAUAACAUCAUUCGCAGGCCAUACAAAAUUAUACCUCAGAAAUUAGCCUGCUAUAUUUGGUCAAGCAUUUAAAUAACUCCCCCUAAAAUGAUAACUUGUGCGAUUCGUCCAACAUCACACUGGUUUAUCUCAAAAUGUACAUUAUUGUUAUUAUUAUUAUUAUUAUU